GCGGCGCGCCCGGGCGGCUUCCGGCGGGCGGCGGGGUUCGCGGGAGCAUGGGGAAGGUGAGGGGCCUGCGGGCCCGCGUGCACCAGGCGGCGGUGAGGCCCGCGGGGCAGGCCGCGUCCGGCCCCGCGCCCCCGACCCGGGAGGCGGCCCCUACGCCUGCCGCGGCCCGCGGGGUCGGCGCGAAGGAAUGGGCUUUCAUGAACACUGAUGUUUUUGCUGGGACUAAGAUAGACCCCAGCGCCUUGGUGCAGAAGCUGGACCCAGACACGAGGAGCGUUGCUUCUGUCAGGAGAGGUGAGAAUGGCUCCAGCGCCCCACUCACCCCCAUGUGUUCUCUGUCCUCAGGUGCAGAGGCCAGGGCUGUUUUGCCCAAGAAGGAGAAACUGAAGCUGCGGCGUGAGAGGUGGCUGCAGAAAAUCGAAACCAUAAAGCUGGCCGAGCAGAAGCGCAAGGCAGAGCAGAGACGGAGGGCCACGGUGGUGGUGGGGGACCUGCAGCCCCUGAGAGACGCCCUCCCCGAGCUGCUGGAGCUGGAGGCUGGCGGUCGGCAGCCACGUGCCAGAGGGGUGAGCAGCAGGCCCCGGCCCGCCGAGUUGAGCCGCAUGAGCGCUGCGCAGAGGCUCGAGCUCCUGGAGGAAGAAAGGGCUCGGUUUCGGGAGCUGCUGGCCAGUCCGGCCUACAGGGCCAGCCCCUUGCUGGCCAUCGGGCAGCAGCUGGCCCAGCAGAUGCAGCUGGACGGCGGCAGCCAGCUCUGAUCUCUGAUGCAGCCUGGAGACGUGCCGUGAGCUCCAAGGAUCCACCGCUUGCUGUCCUUGCCCUGAGCCUGGCAGGAGAGCCCACCGUGAGGCGUUGGGAUGGGGGCAGUUCCUCUGUGCCCCCGCGGCCCCCUGGGCUUCCUUCCAGACUGCUCUUGGGUUUCUCUAGGCGGGCCACCACGCAGCAGGCUCUGGGGAUGCCCAGCUCCUCUGCAACCCCAAGACGCGGUCAUGGUGGGUUCUGUGGGCGCUUGCUGCCCUCCCGGUUCCCAGGGCUCCUGUCUGCCCUUCUUGGGUUGCGGUUCCUGUGCUCCUCCCCAACCCGCUCCCCACCGUGUGUCCCUUUGGCUCCGAGCCCAGGUUGCUCCCCACCUGCCCUUGUGAUUGAGGUGAGCCGGGCCGCCGUAGUCUAGCAGUCCGGAGACUGGGAGCAGGCCUGGUCCCGCCCUGGAGCGACACAGCUGACCCGGGAGCAGGAUGGUGUCUACGGUUAGAAACCUGGGGCUUGGGGGCCAGACUGCAGGAAUAGACUUCAACCCUAAAGGGGAGCCCCUUUGCCCAGGCAGCGAGGGGAGCAGAAGCUGCCGGAACAAGGCCUGGGCUUGCCUGGGGAGUGGGAGUUGGGAGUGUGUGCUGUGUGGGGACUCGCCGCCCAUGUCCUGCGGGGUCAGUGGUGGUGGAUGUGUGGCCCGGAGGCCUGGGCACCCACGGCAGCAGCUCUGGACCCAGUGAGCGCCCCGUCACUCUUGGGGCCGGGGCCAGGAUACCCAGCACCCCUUCACAGGCUGUGGUGUGGGGGUGGGCACCAGUGUGUCCAGGCGCCAGGCACUCUAGGCUUUGUGGCUGAGCCGGCGUGAGCUCCAGGUAUGUCCCUGACCUCUGGUGCCCUGGCUGGUGUGCUCGCGACUCAUGGACACCUGGGCAGCGUCUACCAAGGCUGUCCGGGCAUGGGUGGCUGAAGGGAUCCGAGCCCAUGCCCCACCCCCAUUGGGCAUCCUGGGCCCCUUCUCUGCACAAGAGCACACGGUGUGGCCGCCUCCCAGGAAUGGGACACAGAAAGGGACAGAUGGGACCACCGAGGCUGCAGGUGGGAGCCUGAGUCCCCUGGGCCGGAGGUCAGCACAGCCGUCUCGCCAGGACUGCCAGCCCCUAAGUGACGGUGCACUCUUGUCCUCAGCACAGAAACCAGUUCUCGAUAAGGGAGAUGAGUUGUUUACAAAGUGGUAUUUGUGACAAACUCAUUUUUGCAAUAAAUAAGUGCUGGGAGAAACUGGGGUACAGGCUGCCCGGAAGG